AAACGAAUGCACUCAUAUCAGUCGGUGAAUAUGCUGAAAAAGGAAUGCUUCUUGAAUAUUUACAAUCAAACUGCAUUAACCUAAAUUAUAAAACCAGGCUCAAUUUCUUAUUACAGAUUUCUAGAGAUUUACAGUCUCUUUUCAAUUCUGGAUUUGUUACAUCAGUAUUAACAGGAAAUUCAUUUUGUGUAAAAAAUGAUCAGACCGUCGUAUUUACAGAUUUUCUUUGUGUAGUUGAUAAAAACAACCUAAAACCUUACGACUUUAAAUUCUAUGCCCCACAAUAUGACGCGCCAGAGUUAUCCAAAAACAGGAUUUACACUGAAGAAAACUUAGCCCUUGUACCUGACGGUUUAUUAGAAUCCUAUACUUCCUUAAUGAAUAAAUGCUUGAACAAUGAUCCAAAUUUAC